AGACUGAAAAUACUUCUGUCUGGUGUCAACAGGAAGGAGGAAAAAGAAAUAGAAGCGGAGAAAAUAAUUGAAGAGAAAAGUGAGCCGAGCCUGAUCUGCCCCCCACCUCGCAGCAGAAGCUAUCUUCCUCCGGAGAAUAUACAGAGCAGCCUCGAGUCUCUGGUCAGGGAGAUUUUUGGACCCUCACUUCCUGAUAACUGGCAGCAGACACCCCUCAAAGAAAACAAGUUAAAGUAUUGCCUCCUGGCUCAGCUGGCGGCAGAACUCGAUCACGCUGUCCCCAACUCCCAGCUCCACCUGAUGCGCAGCGCUGAGGAUGUCCUGCAUUUCUACAGCACUCCCGUGAAGGACGUCUCCAAGUUUGAUGAGCUCUGCGCUGCCGAGCUACCCCCAAACCUGAAGGUUGUCUGGGAGAAGUGA